AUGGUCACCUCACGAGGCUGGCUUCGGCCUCUUGGUCGGAUUAUUAUGGCGGUGGUACCGCCUUUCAAUUUUAUCACGCUACACUAUGCUUAUUUUAUCGUAACAUCAUUGGUCUGCAGUGUCAUAUUUUGGGGAGCUUCGAACCCGCUCCGUAGUGUCUCCUACGCUGAUGCGCUGUUUAUGUGUGUUAGCGCCAUUACAGGCGCUGGACUGAACACUGUGGAUUUAUCUUCAUUGAAUACUUUCCAGCAGGCUAUCCUUUUCGCGCUCCUGAUGUUGGGGCACGCUAUUCUCAUCUCGAUCACUGUUCUAUUUGUGAGGAAGAGGGCUUUUGAAUCGAAAUUCAAAGGCAUUUCAAAUAGAUUGGCUCAAUAUAGGGAGUCUCGUCCCACAUCUGAUCUAAACGUUCCGCUAGAUGAAGCGGACUUCAAGGUUGUCAAUGUGCAGCCCUCAAACAUGAAUGCCGGUCAUGGCGACAAGGCCCCCGGGAUGACUGAAGUCAGUCCCGUAGAGAACUCAACUGAUUUGACCAGUGAUGACCAUAUACACUGGGCUGAAGAUGAUCAGAUAACUAUUGGUGCACGAAGACGCUCGCACCAUCAAAGCCACCGAGUGUUCCCUAUGGUGGGCGUUGGCGCUCGGCCUGAUCUGAAUAAUCAUCCGAAAGAUGCUAUUCCCAACCUGCCUCUGCGAGAGGAGAGUGACAUAUUACGGCUGAAGGGCAUAAUCCAAGGGACGCAAAAGUAUUUCGCGUCCAGAGGCUUCAUCUCCCGAAACUCCCAGUUUUAUGGGCUCACCCCCGACGAACGCGAGAGACUUGGCGGAGUUGAAUACAAGGCAGUUUCGUUCUUGGCAGUUAUAGUCGCCGUCUACUGGCUGAUGUUCUUGAUCAUCGGUAUGAUCGGCGUAGGAGGAUGGCUCGAAGCGAAUCAUCCAGAUAUAUCUCGGGAGAAUGGUCUGUCGCCUUUCUGGACAGGCGCGUUCUUCGCUGUUUCUGCAUUUGUGAACAGCGGUAUGUCCCUUUUGGAUGCCAAUAUGACUGCACUGCAAAAGAAUGUGUACCCACUUCUCACUAUGGGGUUGCUAAUCCUCGCCGGGAACACCCUCUACCCCUGCUUCCUGAGGUUUAUAAUUUGGUCUAUGAGAUGUAUGAUUCCAGACCAACCGGCAUGGAAGACAUGGGAAGUUACUCUAGACUUUAUCCUGGACCAUCCUCGAAGGGUAUAUACGAACCUUUUCCCGAGACGCCACACAUGGUAUCUGCUAGGAACCAUCAUUGUCUUGAAUGCUAUUGAUUGGGCCGGUUUCGAAAUACUUGCGAUCGGAAAUCAAGAAAUCGAGCAGUUGCCACCAGGCUAUCGAGUCCUGGAUGGCUUGUUCCAAGCGUUAGAACGCUCCCUGGGCAUCUACGCCCACGAUGACCCGGAAUCUGAGUCCGAAGGCCAAGCCAAACCAGGCCUCUUCAUGAGUCUUGUGCGACACCACCUCCUCGGACGACAGGACGUCCCCAGCGCCGAAGUUUCGCGCAGCUACUUCGUCCACCAACAACUGCGUUCCCAACUAAGCCACGAUAUCUGGUGGAUUGCCCUAGCAGUCCUCUUCAUUUCCAUCGCCGAAUCGCCCAAUUUCAAUCGCGAUCCUGUCAGCUACUCCACCUUCAACAUCAUCUUUGAAGUUGUUUCCGCCUACGGCUGCGUCGGCGUCAGCGUCGGCAUCCCCGGCAGGAACAGCUCCUUUUGCAGCGGGUGGCACACCAUCAGCAAAUUGAUCCUGGCGGCGGUUGCCCUCCGUGGACGUCAUCGUGGUCUUCCCGUGGCUAUCGAUCAGGCUGUCAUGUUACCAAAUGAUUCCCUCGCCUGGGCUGAAGAGGAAGAUGCUGCGCUGAGACGGGAAAAAACUCGUGCUUGGGGUGUGGACAAAAUGCCUGUUGGGGCUGUCUAA